AUGCUGGUUUUGUACUGCUAUAUAUUCUGUGGAAUUUUGUUACAGAAGGUUUGCUAUACUGAUCCUGCCGAGGAUCAUGCUUCUAUUCUGACUGGAAGGACCUUAGAUAGCAAUGAUCUAAAUCAAGUGAUUGCAUUACUUGAGAGACAUCAGUACAACAAAGCAUCGUAUUAUCAACUUGGUCUACGUCUUCUAUUAUUUGAUAAUACACUGAGGAUCAUUGAGCAAGAACAUAAAGGACAAGUAGAUCGUUGUUUCACGGAGUGUUUGGCUAGAUGGUUGCGUAAAUUUGAUGGUGUGAAGAACCCAACAAUAGAUGCACUGAUAGCUGCUCUUAGAGAAAUAGGAGAGAAUGCUGUAGCUGAUGCCACACACCCAAAACUGCAUACCAGUGAAGGGCAUGAUUCAACACAGUCAGCCAUUGUUAACCCAGGUGUUCAUGAUCUUGAGCACAGAAUUGAUCAAGUUUUUAUGCUACGAGACAUUGCUAAUAAAUUGCUGAAUCAAUUUGGGCAUCUUGUUGUUGCUGUGAAAAAUGCACUUGAAAGAAAUAAAUUUAAUGUAGACAAUGCAAAAGAGUUGGUAGAAGGACAUUUAAAGAGAAAAGCUCGUGUCGCUAAAAGUUUGAUGCCCUGCAUUGAUAUUCUUAAGAAGGUCAAGGAUUUAAAAAGUUUUUUUGAUUUUCUACGUGACUAUGAUUUUAUUGGUUAUCUCAAUUACAAGCUAUUGAAGGAUCUAUCUGAACUUGUCGAUGAUGAUAAGCUCAAGCAACGUUUUUUUGAAUAUGAAAAAGAAUAUGCAAAAUUGUUAAGUGCAGGUUCCUUCAAGCAUCUGAUACCUUUAUUUGAAAAACAGUCUGAUCUAUCUCCUACUGCUCCUCUUGGCUUACCUUAUGUUACCUUUCGUCUUGAGAAACCUUGGUUAAUCACUAGUGUUUAUACCUGGGUCUCAACCUUUGGUGAAUUCUCAUGGGCGCAAUAUACAAUUUUUAAAGAAUUAAGAAAGAAUUGUGUCAUCAUCACUUAUGCUAUACUACCUUUUGUCCUUGAUGAUGUCAUGAGAGAUCUCAAAGAUCCAGUGAUAUUGAAAAAGCUAGAGGAUAAAGGAGUUACUGUAAUUAAGUUACCACAGGAAGAGGAGAAAGAAGUGGCUCAUGAUAAAGAUGUACCUGUUAUCGUAAAAAUAAAGCAGGAAUCUAGACAAACAGCUAAUCAAAAAGAUGAAAAAAUUAAUUGUCAGCAAACAUCAAUUUUUGAUUCAAGUAAUUAUGUAGGCAGCAUUCAAUCAUGGCAGUUAUGGAUCAUGAGCUCAAUAGGCUCAAUAGCCAUGUUUUUAAUAGUUACGAAGUUCUGUGAUUACCGCCGGUAUGUCAAAAAAAAAAGAAAGCAGCAGAGAUCCAGACACAUACAACCUUUAGUGUACGAUACAGACUACCAUAGGAUUUGUAAAAGCCAGACCCGUUUCUUCAGAGAUCACGAAACUAUUAAAAAGGUAAAUAAAGAAUUAAGAGAAGAAAAAAGAAAAUUAAGAAAAGAGAAAGAAGACAAAGAUCGUGCUUUAGAUGAGAUGACAAAGAAGGUGUACGAUUUGAAAAAGGAGCUACACAUAAAGAUACAGGUUAUUCGUGCUAAUAAUGAAAAAAGGCUAAAAAAAGAAGCGACUCUUAAUCAAAUCAUUUUGAGUAGUGAGGAAGAGAUUCAAGAGCUCAAACACCAACUGCGUGAAGCCAACAAUGAGUCAUUGUCAAUGAAUCGUCAGCUAAUCAACAACAAAGAAGAGCUUCAACAGCUGUCAGAUAAACUCAUGGAGCGUGACAAAAUGUUUGCAUAUCUUAAAGAUGAUUUGAGCGCCAAAAACUUAGAACUGAGCCAGCUGCAAGAAGAGCUCACUGCUAGUAAAAAUGAAAUUGCUUCAAAUUUAGAAGAAACUUUAAAAAAUAGAGAAGAGGAUCCCUAUUGCAUAAUGCACAGUGAGAUUUCUGCUGAAGAAUGUUUAGAACCUCAGGUGUCAAAAUUUAAACCUACAAUCACAAUGCAAGCUGUUAGCCUCUCCACUCGAGAAAGAAAUGACAUUAGUGAGCUUUGUGAAAGAGAAGAUCUACUAUACGAAGAGUUUGUUCCUCCUGACCAUUUAAAUUUGCUGCAAGACACAUGUCAAAUGAUGGCUAACAAUAUGUCUAUUGAAAACUAUCUUCAUCUUCCAUUGAAAAAAAUUAGCAGUUGCUCUGAAUUUUGCAUUGAUUUCAAGAUUUAGCUUGGAAUUUUCAGAAUAUCACUGUGUGGCGAUUUUCCUGCCGUCCCUCCCAAUCAAGUUAAAAUCUCUUAACUGAGUCAAUGAACAAGAUUACAACUUCUUUAUUAUGUCCACUCUUUUAUAUACUGGUUUGACUUCAUUUGACUUUGUUUGAUAGGCA